AGAAGCUGGGCUGAAGACAAGUAGAUUGUUUUGCGUGCUCGGAAGAACGACCCCAUGCACCUGGUGCUCACGCUGCUGGGCUUCACCGCCCUCCUGGGUAUGUGCCAGGCCCGCACGGAUUGCUAUGGCAAUGUAAACAGAAUCGAUACCACGGGUGCUUCAUGCAAAACUGCAAAACCGGAGGGCUUAAACUACUGUGGAGUUCAAGCUUCGAGAAAGAUUGCUGAACGGGACCUAGGAAAUAUGAAUAGAUACAAAAUACUCAUUAAGAGAGUUGGUGAAGCAUUAUGUAUUGAGCCUGCUGUGAUUGCUGGCAUCAUCUCUCGGGAAUCUCAUGCUGGCACAAUACUGAAGAAUGGCUGGGGUGACAAUGGAAAUGGAUUUGGUUUAAUGCAGGUUGACAAAAGACACCAUAAAAUUGAGGGAACGUGGAAUGGAGAAACCCAUAUCAGGCAGGGCACAAGAAUACUUAUUGACAUGAUAAAGAAAAUACAGAGAAAAUUCCCACGUUGGACAAGGGAUCAACAGCUAAAAGGUGGCAUUUCUGCCUACAAUGCUGGCACUGGAAAUGUCCGAAGCUAUGAGAGAAUGGACAUCGGCACUCUCCAUGAUGACUACGGCAAUGACGUGGUUGCUCGAGCCCAGUAUUUCAAGAAGCAUGGAUACUAGGCUGAGGCAACCAUACCAAGUGAUUUACCUACCAUCACCUAAACAGCCACCAAAACACAAGAGAAGCUACAUACUGCAAAUCCAUAGAGAUGCACAUGUUACAGGAACAAAAAAAAAGCAGGCUAAAACUCACAUCUUUAAAAACAAUAUUCAGUAGGACCCUGGUCAUGUGGUUUUUCUUUAAAAGCAACAGGCAUUUUUCAAAGAUGCCCGAUACUUACUUAAUAUAAUUAUGUAGUCACUUUUGCUGAAUUCCAACUUUUCAUAAAGAUACAUAGACCGCAGUUGGAUUUUUCUGUCACUUCUCAGUCAUACAGAAAUAAGCAAACAGAAAAUUAAUAAACAUGUUAUUAGCAA